CCGUGCGCGCAACAGUGCAAGUGCAAGUGGGCAGAGGUGAGAGGUGACUGAUCGGCCAGGCUAACUACCUACCUCGUGGUAACAGGCCGUGUAGCAGUUGGUUGGUUAAAGAAGCUUCGAGAGGUCGAGCCCGUUCCGUUCCGUCGUUGGCCGCCGUAAUGCCGUGGCGCCUAGCGAGGCAGACCGAGACCCCCACGCGGUGGGGCUCGUCGGAGGGCGGCGACCCGGGGGCGGACGGCGGCGGCGCGGAGGCGCGGAGCGUGCGGUGCGAGUGCUGCGGGAUGGCGGAGGAGUGCACGCCCACGUACAUCGGGCGCGUCCGGGAGCGGUUCCAGGGGAAGUGGGUGUGCGGGCUGUGCGCCGCGGCCGUCACGGAGCGGCAGGCGCGGGAGCCCGCGCUGUCCGUGGGCGGCGCCGUGGAGGCGCACGCGGCCAUGUGCGAGCGCUUCAACUCCACCGUCCGCCUCAACCCCAAGCUGUCCCUCGCCAGCUCCAUGCGCGAUAUCGCGCGCAAGAGCGGCCAGCACCGGAGGAGGAGCAUCGACGGCGCCGCCACCGCCACCACGCCGUCCGCAUGCGGCGGCGACAAGCUGGCCCGCGCCGCCAGCAGCUGCGCGCUGCCCCACGUCUGACGACGCAGGAGCACGGGCGACGGGCGCGCCCCGCUCGCUCGGCCUAGCUCCUGCAUGCGCUUGCCGUGAGAUAUAUAUGUGUACAUAAUGCUACAUCCAUGUGCAUGUGUGUGUAUAUAUAGUGUGUAUGGGGGGCAUGCAUCUAGUAGCUGGUAAGUACACGUACUGUUGCUUUGAGAGGUCUUUAUACAUGGCGCAUGUAUACGUAAUACGUUGUAGUUGUACGUGCAGUACUACGAUCGUGUGCCCUGCAUGCUGCCAGAGUCAGGUUAGCUGUAGUAGGUAGCACGCUCACAUCCAUCCAUACUGCUGUAUAUACUUUGUAUAUUUGUAUGUGAAAUACACCAUCUGUCCCAAAAUAAGUAUAUUUCUUUGACCAUCAGACAUCAUAUUUGACCAUUCAUCUUAUUCAAAAAUUUUAUGUAAAUAUUAUUUAUUUUUUAUGACUUACUAUAUCACUAAAGAUAUUUUAAUUAUAAUUUAUUUAUUUUAUAAUUUACAUAAAAUUUUUAAAUAAGACGAAUAGUCAACCAUAAUGUCUGAUGGUCAAAUAAAUAUAUUCAUUUUGGGACGG